AUGACUAGUCUGGAAUUCCUCGAUCUCUCUGGAGAUGACAUUAGUUCCUCCGUUCCUCGUUUCUUGGCCAAUUUUUCUUCCUUGAGGCAUAUCAAACUCAGAGAUUGUCAGCUUCGAGAUGAAUUUCCAUCAGCAGUAUUUCACCUACCGAAGUUGAAACAUCUUAGCAUGGGAAACAAUUCCAACCUCACUGGUUUCUUACCUGAAUUUCAUAACACCUCGUUACUUGAGAAGCUAUAUCUGUUUUCAACUGGUUUUGCUGGGAUUAUACCGGAAUCCAUAAGCAAUCUUAACCAUCUGAAAGUCUUGUCCCUUCAAAGUUGUCAUUUCUCAGGGCAUAUUCCAGGUUCACUCCCUAACUUGACACAGCUAACUUACUUGGGUCUUUCUAAAAAUGAGUUAGCCGGAUUAGUCCCUUCGUUGGUAAGUCUUUCGAAACUCACUAUUUUGGAUCUUGCUUAUAACAAGUUUGAGAAAGGAAGCAUGUACGGUUGGAUAAACAAACUUACUAAUCUAAAUGAACUGUAUCUAGAUAGUUACAACAAAUUUAAUGGCACAGUGGGACUCGACUCGUUUUCAGGACUCAACAAACUCGAAACUUUGAGUAUAGAUCAAAAUAGCUUGUCAUUUGUAACCACCAGCAACUACACCAAUGCCACCCUACCAGAACUGUUAGUUCUAGGAUUGUCAUCAUGCAACUUGAAGGAAUUCCCAGCCUUUUUGCGCUUCCAAACGAAAAUGGAAGCCUUAGCUCUUAGGUACAAUGAAAUUGAAGGCCUGGUACCAACCUGGAUUUGGAAUAACAGCCAAGAAACAUUACAAAUGAUUGAUCUGGCAAACAACUUCAUCACUGGCUUUGAUCAGCAUCCCCAGUUUCUCCCAUGGGUUUGUUUGGAAUUCUUUGACAUGUCAUAUAAUAAGCUACAAGGGAGGCUUCCAAUGUCUCCACAGACCAUAGUUGCUUAUGAUGUCUCAAACAAUUAUUUGAAUGGAGAAAUACCACCAUGGAUAUGUGAACUAAAAUUCCUUCAAUUCCUAGAUUUAUCUUCUAACCAGAUGACCAGAACCCUUCCUUCUUGUUUUGGCAACUUGUACAAUUCGCUGUCGGUUUUAGAUCUGAAACAAUAUAGUUUUCAUGGGCCAAUGAUGAAUACAUGUACGCAAGGAAGCCCUUUGAAGAAGAUUGAUUUGAGUAAAAAUCAAUUUAGUGGUCAGGUGUCAAAAUCUUUGGCUGAUUGUAUCAAAUUAGAGUUUCUCUCUCUUGCAGCCAAUUCUUUUGAAGAUGUUUUUUCCGCUUUGGUUGGGAACUCUUCCCAACCUACAAGUGCUCAUUUUGAGGUCCAAUAA